AUGACCAGCGGCCACAGAUCACAGAGCCUCAGUCCCACCUCAAACUUGUCCGAGUAUGAUACCAUUAGUGAAGUUCGCCGUUGGACCAGGUGGCCAGGAACUCCCAUCCGGCACCACGACUUUCGUCCGUCCGCUGGCCGCGACUCGCCUCACGAAAUGCACAGAUGCGCACGCUUGCAAGGAGAACUAUUGGCUUUUCAAAAUAGCGCUAAGAUCCGAGCGAGUAAGAAGCACUGCGGCUCUCUCAUGACGACUUAUAACGGCAAAUGUACAAGUACAAGGAUCCAGAGCAUCCUGGCUUUUACUAGUGUCGGCUACACCCGUAGCAGGGCGAAUGACGGGUCGGCUGACACUAGUGCCGGCUGUAGCUGUAUCCAACGAACCAGGCACACGGGAUUGAUUCAGAUUCCAGAUUCAAGCGAUGUGCAGCAUGAACCAGGUCCAAACGCCGGCUCAGUUGCCAACAUUCCCCAGGCAGCAAGGUGUCAUUUGCCAUCGAUUCUUCAACCGAUUGCCGUGCAUGCUGUUCGAACGUCGUCCCUAGCGGUACGACCUGUCGUUCGCGGCCACCACAAUCUAUUUGCAGCUGCUCGAUCCAGGGGUGCCUUCGAUCCGGCCUCUCGGGACCCUCGAAGUCAUCGUAACUCCCUGCAUCGGAUCUUCCCAUCUCGCCCAUAA